AAGAGGAGUUCCUGUUUUAGAAUCUGCUUCCAUUCUGUUUCCUUCUUUUAUCCCGCAAAUUUUCCUCCAAAGUCUCCGCUUGACUAAAACUUUGUUGAUUAGGUUUUUCCCCCUAUUCUUCCUUUGACUGAGAGGGCUAGCAAACAAUAAUCCAUCGUAUCUGUCAACUCGAAACGCCAGCAUUUGGCAGAAAUCCCUUUUUGGCCAUUCAUGGAAGGUUCUUUCAUUCAGUGGGGUUUGGAAAUGCAGCCCAGGAACACACAUUCCGGUACCUUGCCUUUUCAGUCCAGGGGUCUGUGGAAAAACACCGAUAGAGAGGCACCAGACUAGCAAGGAUAAACCCAUUAUACAUCCACAACAGCUGCACAAACCAACCCAGACUGGACCUCGAUAUCAUCUAAGGACCCUCUUCUGUAGUGAGAACUACAUUCCAAAAUCCGGAGAAGUACCACAAGAUAACUGUAUUCCGGUUCACAUACUGUUUUGGGAAGUGUGGAUUGGCCUUCAUAUUUGUACAUUGAGAUGUCCUCAGAGUCCCAUCAUCAUGGAACCAAUAUUAUCACUGAAAAGAAGAAGAGAGGACUCCUUUUAUCAAGCAGGAUGUCUUGGACCCAAUUGGAUGAAGAUUUUUCAGCUCCCAAAGCAACAGUAGACAACCCUCUUUCUGCUUCACACCUUGUUGACCCCGAUGAAGAAAAUCUUUGCAACUGGAUGGACUCUGGUUUCUACUUAUCUGCAAGCAAAGAUUUACAGGAAAACAGAGACAAAGCAGCAGCUUUUUCACCUCCAUCAGGAAUGGUACAAAUGACUGUGCAAAACUAUAUGCGAUCCUUGCAUCGGUUUUCAGAAAUGCCUGUUCUCUCAAGAUGGAACAGUGAUGGCUCAUCCCACUCUCACCCCAGUGUCCCCAGAAGUGUCACUGAAUGGCUCGAUUUCUGGGAAAAGGAUCCAGUUGAGGUUCUGCUGGAUUUGGGGUUUGGAAGAGAUGAACAGGACAUCUGCACUAAAAUCCCUUCUCGGUUCAUCAGUUGUGCAUCUAUGGCUAAAGGAAUCAAUAUCCGGGUCUUUAUCGAAGCUCAAAGGCAGCGCAUGGAUGUAGAAAACCCCAAUUUAUAUGGGCGUUUUCGGCAAUUGCAAGUCCUGGAUCAUGUGACGAGUGCUUUUUCCUCAUUGCUGAAUGACGUCAACGCCAUGCAACACAAGUUGGAAGAGGGGAACCGAGAGGGGAAGAGCACGGGAGAGACACCGAAGGGCAAACCAGUGGCCGCACAGGCAAAGAGGAGAAGGUUAGGUCAGCUCCUGAGAAAAGUGUCUAGGCAGACAACGAUGCACGGCCCUCAAGUUUAUCGGAAGGCUGGCCCAUUCAAGGCCAAAGAUGACCCCUCUGAAGCUGGUACUGAUGCGGACUUACACAUAACAACCAGGACUGGCUUGGUUGACAACACCACCUUGAUCUCUCUGAAAGAAGAACUGUUCCCAAGUGAGGAAGUGGAGGCAAUGACUGCAUCCCAGCCUCCACAACCCAGAGCUAGCAAAACUUGGCUAUUGCCUCAUCUACCUAUAAAACAACCCCACCUUCCUUCUGCCUCUGAGAUGCUUACCAAAGACAGAUCGUUCAAGGAGUCCAAUUUGCGUUUGGCACAGAGGCUCAGAAGAGUACCUGGCUUAAGUUGGAAGCCUUCAGAUUCCUUUGAGAUGGAAGAGAUCCAGAGCUUUGAGGAUGAAUCUUCCUGGGGAAAUCCUCUUGAAAGCACUUCAGACAUGAUAGUGACAAGAACAAACAGUUGCCAGUCUGACAGCAGUGGAUUUCUAGAAGAUCCUCUGGAGCCUUUACCACUACAGGGCUUGUCUCUUCCUGGAAAUGUGAGACUUGGCUGCAAUCCGCAUGACUGCCAUGCAUUUCUGCGAUACAGGAAAGAUUCAGCUCUGUCUAGCCAGGAUUCUCAGCCCCAUGCCGAGGGGCCUGCUGUGAACACAUCAACAGCAGCUGGCCGCAAUGGGGUAUUGAUGGUCAGCCUGAGCAGGGAACACGCUUUUCCAGGAGAAGAAGUCUUCUAUUCCAUAAAUGAAGAAGAUGAUGAUCUGUAUGAGACUUUCAGUGGUCAGUCUGAAAGUGCUGAGAUGGAUGAGGAGGAGAUGCAAGGGAGAGGAGCAGAGUUGGAGAAAGAGGACAGUUGUGUACAAGACUGUAUGUCAUGUUGUCAUGCUGACAAUAUGAAUUGGAUUGAUGGUGGCCCUCCAGAAAGGAACUGCCUUUCAGAGUCUAGUGAAAUGCAACAAACUGUAGGUUCUGCUCCUGCAAAGGAAAGUUGCAUAAUUUUCGCUGAACUUAGCGGUGGCCAAAUCUUUGAAGACAGAAAAGGAUGGGCAGAACCUGCGACUGAAAAAGAGGAAAUUAGAGAUGUGUGUAAGGAAUGCGUUCUGGAAGGUAUUGCAAUGUGUGUAGAAGGAAAGUUGCAUGAUAUAAAGGCUUCAGGAAAGUUGGACUCCCCCAUUCCAGUGGCAGAUAUCACAAGUGAUUGUCGGGAUUUGAAUUUAGAUGGUACAUGUACACCUCUGGAUAUAACUAGAACCUCCAAAAUGGAGCAUGACAUCAUACCUGCACAAUCAGAGAUUGGUGUUAUUUCAAGAAGCUCUCUUCAAGAUGAUAGCCUUUCCGCUUAUUGCCUUAAAAAUGAGGAAAUUAACUCCUUGGAUAUAUUAUCCACAAGCACAGACCCGGAUGAAGAUGGGUGUGUCCCCAGCUUUGAAUUGCAUACUAACCCUUUGAAGUCUGUCACUGUCCAGAUGCCUUCAAGGCUGAUGUCAAGUAUACAGAGCAUCUCCUUGGGUGAAAGUGUGGUAAAAGUUCAGUCUAUGGAUUUCACAUCCAAGGUGUCCCAAUGCUCCAUGGAUGAGUCUCUAAUUACAUCAGCAUCCAAGGAGGAAGAUAAGCAAACUAGGGAAGCUUCUAGUCAAACCGACAGGAGCCGACGAAAGAAAGACGCGCUCUCCCUGUUUCACGGUCUCCCUUCAUUUCAUGGGCACGGCCACCUUGUGAAGUCGGCCUCUGUAGAUACAGGACUUUAUGGAAAAUACAGAUCUUACUGCCACGAACCUUUUCAUGCCUGGUGUGCCCAGCACAGAGGUCAUUGCUGCUCUUUGAGCUCCCAUCACUGCUGUUCGAUGCGGCCUUUCCCCUCAGCUCCUUCGUGCAAACAUCCCAUGGCGUGUUGCUCAUCCUGUACCACCACAGAGCUGCAGCUCCUGAAAACGCUUAAGCUACUGCAGGACACAGCAAUGAGAAAUAUUUCUGCGUGCACAGUCCAUGAAAUUGAAGUUAUGAAAAAUUCAUGCCAAAAGUUUCGGGAACGGCUGGAUGAGAUUGAACACCACCUGACAGAGCAAGAGGCUCUCUUUUCUGGCGCUAUGUCAAAUGAAGGACGAGAGGAAAGAAGGCAGUUGCAGGACUUGCGGCAAGCUGUUCGUCGAGAGGUCGCUGAACUGGAAUGCCAGCUGCAGGAUCGUGCCCGCCAGGUUAGGGAGGGAAUUCUAAUGCAGCUGGAUCAACUGUUAGGUGAGCAGUCUCAUCUGUGCUCAGAACUUGGAAUUUCUGGCUGGAAGGAAGGAAGAGAAGCUGGGAAUGGACACGCUUGUCCAGAUGCUGCUGCUGAGGCUUUCAUUGCCAGAAACAGGCAUUCAAACGAUAUCCACCAUAGGCCUCCAAGUUGGAGUACAACCAUCCCAUCAAGCCCUUCAGCCUCCUUACUCAGACAAACUGAACUGCAGGCUUCAGGUUUAGCAACAGGCAAGACCAGUCCUGCAUCUGACCCCAAGGAACUUCACACCAGUAAAAAAGAAAUCAAAGGUCCUCCUCAGCCGAAAAUCGAUUUCAAAGCUUUCAUACAGAAUCUGAAGAGAUCGUUCCGAAACUCUUUCAGUAAUGACGCAGCAGAAGGAAGAGAUUGA